UGACGACUUUCGCCGCGACGAAGUAGCCGGAGUCACGGAAAGGGAUGCACUGCCGGCCGCGGCGGAGCCCGCCGCCGCCGCGAGCGAGAAAUGGCGGAGCCCAUCGCCGCCGCAGCAAGCAUGUGAUGAUCUGAGUCCAAAUCCAAAUCUCGCCGUGAAGAAAAAUCGCUCCGCCUUUCGGGAAAGCACUAGACAAAUGCUCCGUUCUUCGCGGGCGAUGGAUCACGUGGAGCACGCAAUGGAGGUCAACGGUCUCCUCCUCCUCCUCCUCCUGCUGCUGCGGCUGCGACGCGGCCGACCCUUCCUUCUUUGCUCGAUGGUGCCGUCACGCCUAACUUCCAAAUCUUCUUCUUCUCUGGCAGCGCGCUCCGGGAGGGCGAAACCCAACGAGGGAUGGUGGUUUUGCGAAGGGGGGGAGUGAGAAAGAAGUGAUCUGAGAGGUGGUAGGAAGGCGUGAGGAUGAGGAGGCUGGGGUUCGUGGUGCUGUUCUUGGCGGCGGCGGCGGCGGCAUUGGUCGGGACGUCGAGAUGGGGAACAGAGGAGGAGGGCUUGGGGCAUUUCUUCGUGGGAUGGAUGCAGCCUUCUCCUUCUUCUUCUUCCCCUGCUCCGUCUUCCUUGGUUCUAGAUGGGGAUCUUGUGGACAAAAUAUGGUCACUUUGCUUACAAGACGUCGUUAGCGCAGAGGAAAUAUUAGGAAUUGGACAAUCUUUUACUUUGGAUGGAUUAUCAAGUCGUUCUUCGGAGGAUGAACUGAAGACAAUGCUGCUUAUGGAGCUUCUGGCAAUUCUUCCACCUCAGAAGUCUUAUGUUACUCAUGACUGUAUCAAUGCACAUUACUUCAGCUUGGGCAUUGCACAGGAACUUAAUGAUGGAUUGAGCAACUAUGUUGAGAACCAGCAGCCAUUGCUUGGUUCAAACUUCUACCCAAGACGACAAUUGGCUCAUCAAGUGGUUGGGGAUGCUCCUACUAAAUCUCCGGCUUUUGCGCCAGCCAUCUUGUCUGGAGGUGAAGCUUGGUUUCCACUUUCUGUGGCAGAACCACCAUUUGCACCUCCCAACUCCCCGAAAACCGACCCCAGCCGGCAUCAUGAUCAGUCUGCACAGAAGCAUCGGAGAGUUCCUCCUCCAAUUUCAUCUUCGGAGAAGCAACACAACUACAUAAGAUUAGUCUUGACUGUUGUGCUCCCGACGGCAGCAUUCUCAUUCAUUGUUGCGUUUCUGAUUUUCUAUUGCUGUGGAUGCAACAAAAGCAAGGUCUCGGUCAGUGAGCCGCGGGAUGACCAUCCUCUUCUUCACUUGCAGUUGGCUAACGCAUCUGGUUUGUCAUCCGAUGUUCAUGUUCCCGCCAGCCCGCUUCAGAAGAGUGAUCAAGGGGUCAGGCCUACUAAGGUUGGAGGCAGCAGGAGCCAGUGUUUUCCAUGCUGUUUUACAAAAACAUCUGCGCAAGUUACUGAAGGAACACAGGAGGACAUUGCGGCAGGUGAUCUUCCUAAACCAGUGCCUCCGCCACCGCCACCUCCGCCUCCACCUCCACCAUUGCCCCCCCCUGUCAAGAAGGCUGCUCCUCCCCCACCUACACCUCCCAGAGGUUCAGGAGCAAGACCUCCUCAGAUGUCACCUGUUGAUUCAAGUCAUUCUGAAGGAUCGUCAGCAGGCGAUCAGGCCAGUGAAACAUCUGAAGCUGAAGUGAGUGCUCCAAGAGCCAAGCUCCGGCCUUUCUAUUGGGACAAAGUUCUUGCAAAUCCUAACCAGUCAAUGGCCUGGCAUGACAUCAAAUUUGGUUCUUUUCAUGUGAACGAGGAUAUGAUAGAGGCAUUGUUUGCUUAUGGCGCUGGCAACAGAAACAACGUUAAGGACAAAGAACGUGCCGUGGCAGACCCUUCACCUCAGCAUGUUUCUCUUCUUGAUUUUAAGAAAUCGUGCAACCUGGCAGUUGUUUUUAAGGCAAUGAAUGUCAAGGUAGAGGACAUUCAAGAUGCUCUCAUUGAAGGAAAUGAGCUUCCUAGACUACUUCUUGAGACAAUCUUGAGAAUGAAACCAACUGAUGAGGAAGAGCAGAAACUCAGGCUUUACGAAGGGGACUGCUCACAACUAGGUCUUGCAGAACAAGUGAUGAAGGCGCUAACUGACAUUCCUUUUGCUUACAAGAGGAUCAGCGCUUUACUUUUAAUGUCAUCAUUGCAAGAAGAUGCUUCAAGCCUCAGGGAUUCAUUCCUGCAAUUGGAGGCUGCUUGUGGGGAACUAAAGCACCGCCUUUUUCUUAAGUUACUAGAAGCUGUUCUCAAAACUGGAAACCGUUUGAAUGAUGGGACCUUCCGUGGUGGUGCUAAUGCUUUCAAACUUGACACCCUCCUGAAGUUAUCAGAUGUCAAGGGUGCUGAUGGAAAGACCACACUGCUACACUUUGUUGUCCAAGAGAUUGUUCGAUCUGAAGGUGUCCGUGAAGCAAGGUUAGCCAUGGAAAGUGGAAGAACUCCACCUCCUAGUACUUCAGGAGACAAAUCAAGCGGAUCUCUGCAAGAAGAUGGCGAGUACUACUCCAACCUCGGCCUUAAGAUUGUAUCAGGGCUUAGCAGUGAGAUGGUCAAUGCCAAGAACAUAGCUGCACUAGAUGCUGAUGCUUUGUCUGCCAGUGUACUGAGCCUCAGGCAUGAGUUGCUGAAAGCAAAGGAGUUCCUUAACUCUGACAUGGCAACAAUAGAAGAGAACAGUGGGUUUCACCACUCACUGGUACAUUUUGUAGAACAUGCAGAUAAUGAGACCAACUUUCUGUUCAAAGAAGAGAAGAGACUGAGAUCAUUAGUGAAGAAAACAAUUCGGUAUUUCCAUGGAAAUGAUGUGAAAGACGACGGAUUUGGUCUCUUUGUCACCGUAAGAGAUUUUUUGGUGAUGCUGGAUAAGGCAUGCAAGGAAGUUGGGGCAUCACAAAAGAAGACAGCAAAUAGAUCUCGGAGCAGUGGCACUUACAACCCAGUGUUAAAUCCCCACGAGAAACAAUUUCCUGCAGUUUUGGAUCAUCACUUAGAUAGUUUGGACUCGAACAAUUAACUGUGUGGGAUAUAGUUUUAGAUGCAUUUUGUAGGUAUUUGCUUUUGCUCAGGAGAAUGUAAAAAAUACACAUUUGCAGAGGCAUUAUUGUAUACAUACAGAUACAGUCAUACAGAUGCCACAUACACAUGACUUAAUACAUGAUUUACUAUCAUACCUCUA